ACGGUUCUUACAUGGGCUGCUAGGAAGGGAUAUGUAACGCUUGUGCAAGUACUAAUCAAUAAUGGCGCAGAUAUCAGUUUGCAAGAUGACUCUGGGUGUACUCCUCUUACAUGGGCUGCUAGGGGAGGACAUGCAACUACUGUGCAAGUACUAAUCAAUAAUGGCGCAGAUAUCAAUUUGCAAGAUGACGCUGGGUGUACCCCUCUUUCUAGGGCUGCCGAAUUCAACCAUAAGGGAACAGUAACGCUUCUCAUUGCCUGCGGAAUCAAGGAGCUUCUACUCAAGCAUGGCGCGAGGUGGACCCCUUCGAUUGAAGAGAGAAACCACAAGGGCCGUACACCUCUCCUGUUGGCCGUGGAGGAGGGCAAUAAUAAGAGAGUGAAAUUGCUGAUAGACCACGGCGCAUCAUUGGACACAAGAGAUCAUGCAAGUCGUACACCUCUA